AUGACAUCAGGGGUGAUGUCACAAGGGAAGGAACCUUCAGAGGGGGGCCCUGGACGUGGAGGGCGACCAGCAGAGGGGCUGGGCCAGGGAGGUGGCGGCCAGCGCUCCGGCAUGGCUGGGAGGGGCAGCAGCAGGAUGAUCUCUUUUGAGCGGCGCAAUCAAGCCCUCAUGGAGAAGAUCAAAUCCCUGCAAGUAGCCAACGCCAACCUGCGCUACAUGAAUUUGCGGCUAAAGGAGGAGAACGAAGUCUUCAAGUCAACGGAGGAAGUCAUUCCAGGGACAACGACAAGAUCAAGCAGAAGAUCAUCCAGCUGACAGAGCUGCAGGAGAGCCUGCAAGACGACAUUUACAUCCUGGAAGAGCAGCUGUGUAAGUACCGGAGGCAGGGGCCGGAGUGGAGAGCCUGGCCUGCCAGCCCUGCCCGAGCGACCCAGGGAGGCAGGAGCCCGGACUGGGCCCUUCUUAGACGUCAGAGGCUUUUCAGUUGCCUUAGUCUGCCCUGGUGCUGGCUUGUAGGGCAGGGGGGCUAUUUCCUGGGGGAAGGGGUCAAUUUCCAGGGUCAGGGACUACCCAGACACACAGGCAGCGGCGGAUUUAGGGCAGGGUGAGCGGGGCGGCUGCCUCGGGCCCCGCGCUUCCCGAGGCCCCGCGCAUGCGCCGUGUCAAAGAAGGGGCCCCGCAAAAUUUCGCUGCUCGGGGCCCCGCAGUUCUGCCCUGGGCUCCGUGGCACUCUCAUCGCCCCUGCACACAGGGAACGAGAUCAGGGCCCGUCGGGCCGGGCGCCGCCCAGACACACAGUGACCGAGAUCAGGGCCCCGUCGGG